GUUACUGGCUUCUCCGAUGCUAACCGGAUAGGUAGUCAUAUUGACAAAAGAUCUAACUCAGGUUACUGUACAUUUAUUGGUGGUAAUCUUGUUACUUAGCAUAGCAAAAGAAGCAAAAUGUGGUUUCCCAUUCGAGUGAAAAGACUGAAUACAGGGCUAUGACUCAAAUUGUGUGUGAGAUGUUGUGGGUUCGUUCUCUCCUUCAUGAUACGGGUAACAAUGUGUCUUGUCCUAUGGAGAUGCAUUGUAAUGGCCAGACAACUAUUUUCAUCGCCAGUAAUCUGAUAUUUUAUGAGAGAACCAAACACAUCAAAUUAGAUUAUUAUUUUGUUCGAGAUCUCUUGAUGCGUAACAAAAUUAUCACACCAUACAUUAAGUCUAGUAAUCAAUUGAGUGAUAUCCUUCCCAAACCAUUAACUCGAUCUGUCUUUAAUAAUAUUCGCUCUAAGUUAGGUUUCUUUGAUCUAUAUGCUCCAACUUAAGGAAAGUGUUAGAAUUCUUAUUUUAUAUUUUGAGUAGUGAAGGGUAGUAUUGUAAUUCUCAUAAUACCAGUUUAGUCUAAAUAAGAGAGUGUAG